AUGUCCUCUGCGAUAGCGUGCCCGUGGAGUCCUCACAUGGACCAACACCAGCACAACCAGGAAGCCUUGCACCCAGAUCAGCAGCAGUUCCGCCUUUCUCCAUCCCAUAGAUCCCCUCCCACGAGUGAAAGUCCGUUCACGUGGCCAUUACCUCCCGCGCUAGAUUUACCAGCCACUGACGAGUUUCUUCCCGACGAGGCUUCACCCUGUUGGAUUUGGGCCCAGCAGCAGCCAUCGGCGCCCGCAAUCCCCGCCGCAACGGCCGCUGCUGCGCACACAGGCCCUGCGCCAGCCAUGGCGACAGCAGUGGCGACACAAGCGACGUGGGAGACCACCCCCGCCACCAACUGCGGCGCAGCUAGCGGGUUCCAACCUACCGCAGACGCUACCGUUCCAGCCGCCUCCGCUUCCCACUGCUCCUCUUCCGGCGUAAGCUUCCCCUCAACCCCCGCUUCCCCCUCGUCCGCAUCCGCUCCUGCCGCCACCACUACCCCUCUCCCACCCGCGUCCGCCGCCUCCGCCGCCCCCGCGCAGUCCCCGCCUUCCCUCCCCGUGGCGCAACUGGAAGAGCUGCUCCUAGACGACUGCGGAGUCCUCGAGAUCUCCAUCCCCCAGCGCCGCUUCCCCUCAUCCUUCCCCCCAUCCUUCCUCUCAUCCGCGGCCACUGGGAGCCUUGCGUCAACCCUCCCUACCGCGGGGACUCUCCCCAGCGCGGGAACCCCCUUUGCCGGAACUCCCGCGGAUCUGCGCGAGCAGGGGUUGAAUCUUUUCGCCAGCCUCCUUCCGCUUCUUUACACUCCGCGCUGCGCCGCCACCGCCGCCAUCGCCGCUUCCCCCGCGGGGGAGAAGCUCAAGCGCGCGCUCGCGUCGUCUCCGGCGGCUGCCGGCAUGUUCGAGGCGUUUGCCAACCGGCCGCUGCCAUCCCCCGCGCCUCUCGCAUCGCCGAUGCUCUUCGAGCAGUUUCAGCAGCAUAUGCAGCAAUGGCCCGCGCCGCAGGUGGAGCAACAGGAGCAGUCCGAGCCGCAGGUGUCGGAGUCGAUUGCCGCGCCGCAGACCGACGAGGAUAUGGACGAGGCGCUUCCGGAAAUCGAGAGCCCGAAUAGCGUCGACGUGACCUCGCCGCACCGUGACUUCGACGACAGCUGCCUUGACGAGCCACCGAGUUCCGCCGCCGCCGCCGCUACCGGCCCUGCCGCCGCUGUCGCCGCUCCGGCCUCCGUCGCUCCCAUCCCGUUCGCCCCGGCCAAGCCGACCGCCGGGAACGCUUUUGCUUCCUACUCUGUCCCUCUCGACGCUCCCGCCGCAACAAUCGCUGCGAAGCUCGAGCCAGUAGCCACGGAAGAGGCGGGAACAGCGGCGCCUUCUCCGGCGUCGCCUGCCGCGGAGCCGCUGAAUGACGGUUACUUCUGGCGUAAGUACGGGCAGAAAGCAGCGAAGGGCGCAGCGUAUCCGCGCGCGUAUUUCCGCUGCGCCGUUCCCCGCUGCCCGGCUAAGAAGACGGUCGAGCGUUCGUCCGAAGACGGCAGCGCGAUGGAAAUCGUUUACCGCGAGGAGCACAACCACCCACGUGGCACUCUCCCCGGCCGCCGCGCUUCCCCCGCGUCGCAGGGCGGUGCGGGAGGGGCGCGCGUUUUGGUGACGGAGGAGAUGGGCGGGUUUAGCAGCGGCGGUGGCGGAAUCCCGCGUUCCCCAGUCAAGCCGCACCAGGCGCAACCGCAGCCGCAGCCGCAGUCCCAGGCUCCUUCCGCCGCUUCCCCCGCCUUCCCCGCAUCCGCUGAUCCCGCCGCCGCAUCCGCCGCAGCGGGACUCGCGCUGCUGGAGAGUCUGAGCACCGAGGAUCUCGCGCGCCUCGUCUCCGCACUCUCUUCCGACGCUAUGGCCGCCGCCACCGCCGUGCUCGAAGCGGCGGUCGCCGCCGGCGUGAUGGACAGCAGCCUGGGCGUCGCCGCCGCCGCCGCCACCGCCGCCGCAGCCGAGGAAGCUGCCAACGCUCGCCCCGCGUCUCCACUGGUGUAUUCCCCCGCCGAUCUCGCGGCCGCUGCUGUGAACGCCACUGCUGUUGUUACCGCCGCCACCGCCGCUGCUGAGGUGGCUCGGGGGCAUAUGAUCCGAUCCGCGUCGGACAGGGGAGCUCCGGAAGCAGCGGCAGGCUUGGCAGCAGGCUCGGCAAACGCUGGCGCGGUCCUUUUCCGUUCCGUAUCGGCUCCUAAGGACGACCAUAGCCGUCGAACCGUCAAGUUGCAGCACGGGAAGCGCCGGCAGCACGGGGAGCCGUCAUAA